UUUACUUUUUUUUAUAAAUUAAGUAGUGUUUAGAUGGGUUCAGAGUUUGUACACUGUUGUUAUAAUAAUCAGCCAGAAAUGUCAAAUGAUUUUUGUAUGGAUAAUUAACAUAUGCCGCAUGCAACAACGCCUGUCUGGAUGGAUGGAAUUGGGACAAGUGUUCAAGUUGCUUUGAGGAUAAGACCACAACUAUCAAAAGAAAAGAUUGAAGGAUGUUUGCUGUGCACCCAAGUUACCCCAGGAGAGCCACAGGUGACUUUGGGAAAAGACAAAGGGUUUACAUUUGAUUACGUGUUUGAUCAAGGCGUGCAACAAGAUGCAGUUUAUCAAUCUUGCAUUAAACAGCUUGUUGAAGGUUGUUUUGACGGUUACAAUGCAACUGUAAUUGCGUAUGGUCAGACAGGGUCGGGCAAAACAUAUACAAUGGGAACGGGAUUCGAUGUAACAUCGUCACCUGAAGACACAGGAAUUAUUCCAAGGGCAAUGGAUCAUUUGUUCGAUGGGAUUAAGCAACGUAAACAACAAGCAACAGAGGAAACUUUACCAGCUCCUGAGUUUUGUGUUACCGCCACAUUCAUCGAACUGUAUAAUGAAGAUAUUAUUGAUUUGUUUGACACAAGUGGCGAGUCUCUUGUUCGGGGUCGUUCAACACUACGUAUUCAUGAAGAUACAAAUGGUAGUAUAUGCAUUGCUGGAAUAUCAAGUCAUAUUGUUUCAAGUGCUGACGAGACAUUAAAAUGUUUGCACACUGGUGUUUUAAGUAGAAGAACUGCUUCCACACAAAUGAACUCCCAAAGCUCUCGCUCUCAUGCUAUUUUCACAGUUAAAGUGAAUCAAACAAGAGCAAAAACAAUCGAAAACAAGCAAGAUGAAGAUGGUACAAUAUUACAACAGGACACAAAUAAUGAGAGAAAUAUGGUUUUCGAAUCUCUAUCAGCAAAGUUUACAUUUAUUGAUCUUGCUGGUUCAGAAAGAUUGAAAAGAACCAAAGCAACUGGUGAUCGUGCUAAAGAAGGAAUAUCUAUAAACUGUGGUUUGCUUGCUCUCGGAAAUGUAAUAAGUGCCCUUGGUGAUGUGACAAAGAAAGGUUCACAUGUACCUUACCGAGACUCUAAGUUGACAAGGUUACUGCAGGAUUCCCUUGGUGGUAACAGUCGUACACUUAUGGUGGCGUGUAUCAGUCCUUCUGAUCGAGAUUUCAUGGAGACAUUGAACACGCUCAAAUACGCAAACAGAGCUAAAAAUAUCAAGAACAAAGUUGUUGCAAAUCAAGAUAAUGAUAGCAAACAAAUCAAAAUUCUUCGACAGCAUAUUGCGACUUUACAGCUUGAACUAACUGAAUACAAAACUGGAAAGAAGAUCAUAGAUAGUGAGGGUGUGGAAACAUAUAACGACAUGUUUCAAGAAAAUAAUCUGCUACAAAAAGAGAAUAAUAAUUACAGAAUGAGAAUGAAAGCAAUGCAGGAAACAAUUGAGACGUUGAAAGAUAGAAUUAUUGACUUGUCCUCACAAUUAGCGACUGCUGGUUUUGAUGGAACAAAUGAAAGUGAAAUUUCAAUGAUUUCUUCCUAUAUUAAAGAGAUAGAAGAAAUACGGACAAAGUACUUAGAAAGUGAACUAAUGUGCUCACGGUUAAAAAAAACAUUUGAUUCUCAACCAAGAUUUUCGACACCACUACCUCAAAACACUAAUGAUGAAAGUUUGCUUGAACUUGCAAAACUAAAUAUUGGUGAACUAGAACAUAAAAAGAAUAAAAUAUUGAUCCAAAAACAACCUCACAUUGCAGUACAUUCAAACUCAGAACGAGAAAAUAAUGCCAUGAGUGGUUGUGCUGAUGAUGGUUCAAGUGAAAUAUUGGAUAAUGAUUCUGAGGUCUCAUCCAAUGCAUCUAAUGAUGGAAUCAACUCAAUGGAUGAAGCAGAUGAAGUUACUAUUCAUGAAGAAAUCGAAAACAUUACACAGGAAAUUGAUUUGAAGCAGGAGCUUGUUAAUAAAGUGGAGAGCAUGCAAAAAAGAAUGGCUGCAAUGGAUAAACAGUACAUGGAAAAGUUAAAACUCUUAUCAGACCAAAUAAAAGCCACAGAAAUGGAAAGAGACAAAGUUUUGGAAACCCUAGGUUCUCAUUCAAGUGCUGACAAGGAACGAGAAAACAGCAUACGUCAGCAAUACCAGAAGCAAUUAGACCAACUGAAAAAGAACUUGUUAAAGUUACAGGAAGAGCAGAAACAUCAUAACAAGUUGGUUCGCGAACAAUCAAAAAAAGCGAAUCAACUUAAACAACUUAGAAAGGAUCUUGAAUCAAUGAAAGCAACAAAGAUUAGAUUACUUCAUCAGAUGAAAUCCGAUGAUAAAAGAAAUAAGGAACAUGAUUCGCGACGAAUGAAAGAAAUCUUGAAGUUAAAACGAGAAUUUCAGAAGAAAACUAAAGAGGUUCGAACAUUGGAGUUAAAAAACCAUCAGAAAGAUUUAUUGAUGAAAAGGAAGCAAGAGGAAGUGGUCACACUAAGGAUUCAUAUUUUCAUUUUAGGAAAUCUCAACUCGACAUAUGUUGUUGAACCGUCAUCGUCGUCUCAUGCAGUUGAGAUAUUAGAUGUUCAAGCGAAGGGUGAGCUUGUUCUACCUCAAGUUGUGCAAAGGAAAUGGAAAUCAAUACAGGACAAGAUGAACGAAAUGAUUUUGCAAAAGGAAACUAUUUCAAGAAUUGAGAAGCAGAUGGAACAUUUAUUGAAAGAACGAGAACGUCUUCGGAAAAAUAUUGAAAAAAUUAAACCAUCUGUACGUCGAGCACUGUGUGAUGAACAAGAUGCAAUGCAAGAAAACAUUGUUUAUGUAAAUGAGCAAAUUCAGAACUGUCAACUGGAGAUCAUGCAGGUUGAAGAAGCAAUGACUAGUGAUAGUUUAUUGUCGCAAAUUAUUCAAAAUUGUUCCUUAAAUGAAGCUCGCUUCUUUGUUGAAAGUUUUGUGUCUUUGACAUUGACCAAUUCAUCAUUGAUUGUUGAAUGCAGAUCAAGGUUAGAGGAAAUGGAAACUCGUUUGCAAGAAAGUGAACAAUCAGCCAAACAAGCUCAUGAACUCAUGCGAUAUGUUUUGGAAGAAAAGCCGUAUUUAAAUUGCAAUAUCUCUGAAUGUUUGACUGAAUUUAUAAGAGGUACAUACAGUGGAAGUAGCUCUAGCUCAAGAGAUUCAUCUCCAGAUAAAUCGGAUGAGAAUAAGUCAAUUUUAAAUAAACCAACAGCUUUGUUGGCUCCAAUUCCGCAUAUUGAGCAAGAUGAAACGGAAAUCACUGAAACAAAAGAAUUAAAAGCCAGAAGAAGAACUGCGACUCCACAGGAGUUGUUACAUGGAGGUAUUCAGUUUAAAGAACAAGCUGUAAAAUGUGAGAUAAACGAUUCCAACAUUAAAACACAAGAAUGCUUGGAUGAAACAUUGACAUCAAUUCCAUGCGAUGAUGAAGAUGAAGUUAACGUGAUCUCAAGUGAUCUGUCAAAGUUGGAAGAAAUAAAAAACAUUCCUCUUGAAACAACUGCUUUAAAAGACAGAAUUGCAUCUACUCAACUGCCAAGAUCGAACUCUGCACCUAAAACUCCAGAACCAUCAUCUAAAUCAUCAAUUCCAACCAAUGUUUUCAUGCGAUUAUCAAAAUACACACUUUCUUCACCCAUGACUGCCAAAGGUCAUAUGACCCCAAUUUCAAGCAAAACGUCAUCUGUUCGAUCUUCACUAUUGGAUUGUGUUCAAGUAGCCAAAGGUCACCAUAAAGCUGUCCUGUGCAUUCAUGCCACUGAUCAUUUGCUUUUCUCUGGUUCAAAAGACAGAACAGUUAAAGUUUGGAAUUUGGUUACUGGACAAGAAAUUAUGUCUUUGGAAGGCCACCCCAACAAUGUCAAUAUAGUAAAACACUGCCCCAUCAAUGGUCUUGUCUACAGCGUUUCAUUGUGCUAUAUUAAAGUGUGGGAUAUACGAAGCCAUGCAAAGUGCAUCCGGGUAUUGAGUUCAUCUGGUGGAAAUCAGCUUGUUGGUAACUUUAUGCGAACCAUACCUCGAACAAAUCGAAUGCCUGACAAUGAAAGUAUAAUUAAUGACUUAACGCUCAGCUCGGAUUCGAAAAUGCUUUUUUGUGCCACGACAACACACGCCAAAGUUGUUGAACUCAACAAAUUUGGUGUAAUUGGAAAACUCAUUGGUCACAAAGGGAACAUUAUGACGAUGUGUAUUCCCCGAUUGGGUAAUUCCACAGUAAUCACUGGAGCAAAGGAUCAUUUCAUAAAGGUCUUUGACUUGUCGAAUGGGAUUUCUGGAAAUGUAGUUCCUUCAAGAACAUUAGAACCUCCACACAUGGACGGGGUCGAAUUCCUUUUGCUCUCAACCAAUGAAAAUUUCCUAUUUUCUUGCUCAAGAGACAAAUCUAUUAAGAAGUGGGACAUGGAUACAAAAACAGUUGUCAGGUCAGAGUACGGUGCACAUGGAAAUUGGAUAUGCGCAAUGGACCUUGUGAGGUCGAAUAAUGACCAAGAGCUUCUUGUUUCUGGUGGAAGAGAUGGUUUGUUGAAACUGUGGGACAUGGAUCAACUGAACUCUGUCGGUUCAGUGAGGGCACACACGGACACCAUUAAUUGCAUCGCUUCAAAUAACACACAUCUAUUCACUGCAUCAAGUGAUCGCACCAUCCAGAUGUGGAAACAGGUGCAAAAUUUCAAAUAACACGAAAAGUGGAAUGUUGAUUUCGUGUUCAAGUUAGUUCAACUGUGCCUGGGUUUCUUCUUUUUUCUGCCUUACAGUUCUCUUACUUUAUUUUGCAAUAAACGAUUUAUUGUUAAAU